GUUAUGAUGAUUGACGUGACGUCGCGUGUACUGUAGAGCACGUCGAACUAACGAUGUAGGGAGUGAAUGGACUGUACCGGAUUGACUAUGGCGUAUACGGCAUUAAGACGCCUAUAGUAAUAUUCGUGACACAAAUAAAAAAAAACGUGCGGCCACCGAGUGUAAAUGAUAAAACAAAAACACUUAAAAUUUAACUUGCUCAACUUUAGCGCUGGUGUGUUUCACUCGAAUGGCAGCUAUGCGCAGACAUUUCAAGGUCAAGCCGGCGGUCAUGGGGCCAAAGCCGGCGCGUUAGGGCGACUCCGAGGCUUUGUCUUUUAAAAGUCACGCAGCCACGUGCGAAGGAAGUCGCUGGUGUCGCGUAACCCACGUGCAUUUUCGAGAUUCCCUUUAGAGUGAGCGUUGGCGUCGUCUUUCAUUAUAUUUUUGCAUGGCUCCAUUUUCUACUAAAUAUUAAUACACAUGGUUAUGCAUGUUUUAUUAAAAAUGACGCUCGAGUGAGUGAUUGCAUCUGUACAACAGGUAAGGGGUCGGGAAUCCGUUACUGACAAUUGUGUACUUUUGCCCACCCAAAGUAGACUUUUCAGCGUUGUCGCCCUCUUACUACUGAUGAUCAGCAGCGGCGACUGGAAGCAACUCGGCGGGAAGUUAACUGGCAGCCGCACACACGUCACUGCACAGCGCGGCGUAUUUACUUUUAUGCCGACUGUGCACGUUAAGAUUUGGUGCCACCUGCUGGAGUGGAGAGUAACGACGCGGUUGCUUUUUGGCGAGAGGCCAUUCUGGUGGGUUGGUGAGUCGGGACAGUUCAUGGGGACGUCUCCGGAGUUAACCCAGUUUUCUUCAACAUGUGAAACUGGCCCAGGUAGUCCCUCUGGACAUGCCAUGGUGACUGGCGCAGUCUUGUGGGUUAUGGUUACGUCAUUGUCCACCUCACUUUACGCCUGGAGUGGAAGUUUUCUUUUGAAGAUAUUUCCCUUCCUCUUCUACAUGCCCAUUCUGCUGGCAGUGUGUAUUUCCAGAGUCUUCAUUCUUGCUCAUUUCCCACAUCAGGUUUUAGCAGGAUCUCUGACAGGAGCUUUUCUGGGUUGGUUUCUGAGCCGAUGGGUCCCUGAAGGAAAGCCUCUGAAAUUUUUUGUGCAUAUUUCUAUGGGACUUCUGCUUGGGGCACUGCUCCUGCACUGUGGCCUGGAGUACACUGGAGUUAACCUAUCCUGGUCUAUCCAGCUGGCUAAGAAGUGGUGCGUGAGGUCAGAGUGGAUUCGACUGGACACGGCUCCUUUCUCGUCCCUGAACCGUGACUGUGGCGCUGCCCUUGGCCUUGGUCUUGCACUGUAUUUAAAGCCUGGCGGUUGGAGUCUUCCCCGAGCACCUCGGGCUCUCAGCUUGGCGUUCUCAUCUAUGGCUUUGUAUCAUGUGAACAGACUUCCACUGCCCACUGUCCCCACGCUGCUGUUCUACUUUCUGUUCUUUGUGAAGAACACUCUGGUGCCUUUAAUUGUGAUUGCCUUCAUCCCUGGACUGGUGCACAGCUUUACCAAACACAUGUCACGGAAAGGGGAUCAAAAACAGAAGUAAAUGUAGCGGGAUGGAACUUUCUUUUAUAGCAAUCUUCUCCUACAGCAACUUUUUAUUUUGGUUUCCUCAGGAAAUUUUCCUCAUGAUGAUAUUUAUCUGUUGCUUAUAAGCAAUAAUUUAUUUAAAAUGAAACUGGAAAAAAAUGGCAUUAUAAAUAUUUUUGCUUAUGCUAAAAUGUAGCCAAUUUUUCCCCCUUGGGCCAAAGAACUAAGUAUAGGGUUCCUUUUUUUACAAAGAAAAAAAUGACAGCAUCAAUGUGAAAAACGCAGUUUUUAUUUUUGUUUUUCCUAUGCUUUCUGAUGGACAAAGUCGUCAUUUUCAGGUAACAGGAAGCUGGGGUGACGUUUGCCUGUCUAAAGAAGAGUAUGCAGCAUGUGUUGCUUUUAAUUUUGGAGUCAAAAUGUACAAUAUUGAAGACAUUUAAAACAACCUGCACCUGUGACAGCAGCAGAGACAAAGGUGGUCGUUUUCUGCAGCCCCCUAAACUUUAGCAUCAGUGCAGUCGAGUGUUUCCUUGCACUUCUUGGCAGCAAAGUUCAUGCUACACAAUAAGCCAAGCAGCUCGAUACAUUUACCAAGCACAGAAGUCUCUAAUCUGUGUGCACUACCCUUAAUCCACACAUUUUAUAUGUGGCAUUUAAUAAAUAAAUGUAAAAAUACAAAAGUGUUUAAUUUAAAAACUGCAUAAAUAAAUAAAAAAAAAAAAAGGUUGUGCAUUUCAAUGUAAAAUAAUGAGUUGUGCCUUAUUUUGCUUUUAACAGCGAGCUUGGGCCAGUUUUGAAAAACUGGUAAUAAGCUGAGGUGGCACUGAAAAUGGUAUGGCUUAAGAGAGAGUGACCGAGUCCUUCAUUACUGUAGCUGCACCAGGCUAUUAUGACCCAAGAUCAGGAGUACAAAUGCUCAGAUAGUGAGGUAAGAAACUUUGGAUUGUUGCUGGAACUGAUGAAGUGACUGAAGUAACAUGUAGUGUGCAGCCCAUUUGACAAUUAGAGGUACUGGAUUAUUAAACAAUGCUGUAUGGUAUACCCCAAUUUUUAAAAAGGCACCGUACACGCAUUAAUUUGAGAGCAGAUUGUACAGCACAUCAGGGACGGGGGAGUAAGAUGGGGGUUAGUUAACCAUUAGCACCAGUUCAAAGAUUCAAAAGCAAGUAUCAAUACCACAUUCAAAAUUUUAGUGGUGAUCCAACCACUAGUAUUGCCAUGGUGGUUGUUCUCUUUAUCAUUCCUUCUCCACCCUUGCACCCUAAAGCACUGGUUUCCAAGUUCAGUCCUUAGAGGCCCCACUAUGGCUGCAGGUUUUCAUCAGGCUGUCAUUUCCCAGUUUCUA